AAUCAUGCAUUCAUAAAUUUUCUGAAUGAAUCCAAAUAAUGCGCAGGGCUUUUAUGAUGUUCUUUCUCUGUGCAUGUGAUACAUAAAUGUAAAUACAUUCUUAAAGAAGAAUGCCCAAAGCAGAAGAGUCAAAACAUAAACAACAAUCUCGAGCAUCCAGAACAGAUGUGUUCUCCAUAUGGUGACAGGCACCGCGAAUUGAUAUGGGCACGCUCUUGUAUUCUUGCUGGAUUCGUGUAUGCGUGAUUGCAUGUGGCAGGAUGUGAAAUGACAAUAUAAUGUGCAUCGGCCUCAUCACUAUAUUUGGAUAAUUGUGUGAACUUUAAUGAAAAUUAUCUCUUCAUGAUGAAAACUUUGUUAUUCGUUAGUUUGUUAGUGUAUUUAAUAACACUGCUAGUAGUCACUGCUAACGGGAAUAUAACAUUUCAAAGCCCAAAAGUUCUGAUAGUGACUCUAAUCCGAAACAAGGAACAUACGCUACCCUACUUUUUCACUUAUCUCGAAGAUCAAGAGUACCCGAAAGCUUGCAUUUCUCUAUGGAUCCGGUCGGACCACAACGAGGAUCGCAGUCUAGAUAUUACGCGGGCUUGGCUGAAGAGAACGACGAAGCUGUAUCACAGCGUAGACUUCGGAUAUCGUAGCGAUGCGGAAAACCGUCCCGACGAGAAAAGCCGUACCCAUUGGUCGGAGGAGCGGUUCGCUGACGUGAUUCGACUCAAGCAGGAAGCGCUUGAUAAGGGCCAUAAAAUGUGGGCUGAUUUCGUUCUGUUUUUAGAUGCAGAUGUUCUACUCACAAAUCCCAACACCAUCGCCAAGUUGGUUAGCCUUAAUUUACCAAUUGUCGCGCCAAUGCUGAUCUCAGAUGGAUUGUACUCCAACUUCUGGUGCGGUAUGACUGCGGACUACUAUUAUCAUCGAACGGACGAGUACAAGGAAAUCCUCAGCUUCGAGAAAACAGGCGAAUUUACCGUUCCAAUGGUGCACAGCGCGGUCAUGGUAAAUCUCAAUGUUCAACAAUCGUUGAAUCUUUCGUUUGACAAGAAACGUCUACCGCCGGGACACUACACCGGGCCAACGGACGAUAUCAUCAUCUUUGCCAUGUCCGCCAACUACAGUUCCAUCCCAAUGCAUAUAUCAAACUCGGCACUGUAUGGCUAUAUCUUAGUUCCACUGGAACAAGGCGAUCCAGUGGAGAAAGAUUUGGAACAACUCAGAAACACCAAAGUGUACAUUAUUAAUGAAUAUGACUCGGUUAGUCUGAAAGAUGACUUAAAACAUUUUGUUAAGGAGAUUCCGAAAGAUAAAAUGGAUUUAUCACAUAUCUAUAUGAUUAAUCUGGAAAGAAGACCAGAGCGUAGGAAGAAAAUGUUCAGCAAUUUCGAUGAGCUUGGUUUAGACGUGGAAUUCUUUCCAGCUGUAGAUGGUCGUCAGCUAAACGACGAUAAGUUGCAGGAGAUGGGUAUUAGGUUUCUUCCCGGAUAUGCAGAUCCGUAUCAUAAAAGACCAAUGACCAUGGGAGAGAUAGGUUGUUUUCUUAGUCAUUACUACAUCUGGGAAAAGAUGGUUGCAUUGGGGCAAGAGGUGGUCCUUAUUCUGGAAGAUGAUAUAAAAUUUGAACCCUAUUUCAAACGACGAGUUGCUCUGGUUAUGGAGGAUGCUCGUCGUAUCGGUGGAUGGGAUCUGAUUUACUUUGGUCGCAAGCGACUGCAGGAGAACGACGAGAAAUGGGUUGAUGGAUCUGAAACUCUAGUAGUAGCAGGAUACUCAUAUUGGACCUUGGGGUACCUCAUAUCUAUUCAGGGCGCCAAAAAAUUACUCGCUGAGAAACCUCUAGAAAAACUAGUUCCAGUGGACGAGUACAUACCGAUUAUGUUCAACAAUCAUCCUAACGAGUCCUGGGUAAACAGUUUCAAUAAUAGGAAUUUGGUUGCGUGGAGCGCUGCCCCACUGUUGCUUUAUCCAACUCAUUAUACGGGUGAAGAUGGAUACAUAUCGGAUACCGAAGACUCCGCCCGAAUCGACAAUUUCGAAAAACUUCGAAACGAUACCUCAGACAGUUCAGUCGAGAAGAAAGGUGAUAAGGAGCAGCUGAGUAGCAAAGGACUGAUGGAUUCAACAAUGAAUAGAGACGAGCAUGACCUGAGUGUGGCCAACCGGAAAAGUGAGCUAUAGCAUCGGUUGUGGAUCGGCUGAACGCAUAGAAAUGACUGUCUAAAAAGUCGCCGACUUUCGUAAUGAGUGCAAAAUGAGAUUCAAUCAAAACAGUUAGUCUAUUGAAAUAUUCAAAAAAGCAAUGAACCAAAAUUUUAAUGUGCCUUAUAGUGUCUAACAUGUGUGUGUGUCUGCAAAAUUUAGCAAUAAAGUUUUUUAUAAUCAA